AAGCGAAGCAACAGUUGGGAGAUAUCAACAGACGGGAGCGUGCGGCACUGCUCCUUCCGCCCGCGAAAAUUUAAAUUUCGAACUGUGUUAUUUUCUUUUUUUUUCUUUUUAAAUCGCGCAAUGAACUUUCAAAGUAAAGCCAACAAAUAUGUGUGCCCUAAUGACAGGCAACUUUCCUUACGAUCAAAGUUACGAACAGGUUGGAGUGCUGCACGAAGCGAACCGCCAUUGACUCAAAAAGAACGCGAAGCCAUCGCAGCAGUGGUUAAAAGAGCUGAGAAAGUGGAUGAAGUUGAAGCACGACGUGUUGGUCGAUUAGUUGCAAGACUAGAAGGAAUGCGUCGGUCAGCCCAAGGCCCCGCGCCCCGCACUUGUCUGCUGUGUGGCGAGACGUCCAGGCUGCUUGCUCCGUUGCGCACGUGCUCCAUGUGCCAAAACUCCGCCUGUCCCAAAUGCGUCAUAGAUACACCUCCUCACAGAUCUCCAAUAUAUUCAAGAGAACAAUACAUGUGCAACCUUUGCGCCGAGACCAGGGAGAUGUGGAAGAAGUCGGGCGCGUGGUUCUUCAAGUCCUUGCCCAAAUACAUCCUGCCAGAUAGGAGAAAUACUGGCAGAUACAACGAUUCAGAACUGGCCAAAUCAUUACAAGACGGAGGCAACAGCAGCAACGAAGGUAAAACCGACUCCGAGCCGGGGUCACCUCUCAGCGUACACCCGCCUACAUUUUCAAGACAACCGAGCAACACCGAAAGCAGAAAAUCCAUAAGCUCAGGAAAAUUUCAGGACCACGACUGGAGCGAAACAGAUAUCUUAUCCCACGGAGUAAGCGGGUUAAGUCUCCACCGAACAGACAGCCUCAACCAACGACCAUUAGGCCUCAAACGUACAGGCAGUAAAGGCAGUGCCUACAGUCUUAGGAGCGUGAGGAAAGAGAUUCCCAAACCAAUCACCCAAGUGGAAAGACCGCCAACAAUACCAGACUCUGGAUUUGGGACGUUGGAGAUAAAAUUGGCGUAUGAUAACGGAACGUCAUCGUUGGCUGUUACAGUGUUAAGAGCUAGAGGGUUAAUAGGCAUGGAUAUGACCGGUCUUUCUGAUCCAUUCUGCAGGCUGGAAGUGAUGCCAAGGGAGGGCACUUAUUCAAACAGACUACGAACCAAGACGGUACAUAAGACUAAAAACCCGGAAUUCAAUGAGACUGUGCAUUUUUUUGGUAUCACCGAAUCAGACCUGUCCACGAAGUCAUUGGAGAUUGUUGUGUUUGAUGAUGACAAAUACGGUUGCGACGAAAUGGGCUCAGCGACAGUCGCGUUGAGAGAAUGCCUUAAAUCACCAGCUCAGUUGCGACUGGCUCUCUCCGGGGCUUCGGGGUCGGAGCCGACAGGGCCUCGCCUGCUGCUGGCCCUGUGCUACAGCACCAAGAGACGAGCUCUGGUCGUAACUGUGUGCAGAGCAGCUGACCUGCCCCCUCAGGACAGUAACGGGUAUUCCGACCCGUUUGUUAAACUAUACUUAGAUCCUGAUCCGUACCACAAAAAACACAAAUCAUCCAUCAAGUGGCGGAAUUUGAAUCCCGUUUGGAACGAGGAGUUUCUUUUCGAAACUCGACCAACGGAGCUUUCUCGCCAGAAUCUAACAGUGACAGUCUGGGAUAAGGAUUACGGGAAACCGAACGACUUUCUAGGCAGUCUAGUGUUGGGAGCAAGCAGUAAAGGCCAAAGGCUCAAGCAUUGGAUGGAUUGUAUCAAAUUCCCCGACCAUAGACACGAGCAAUGGCACUCUCUAACUGACACACAACAUUUAUAAAUUAUCUGUCUCCACGAAAAUUAAAGGCGGAAAUUAUUUAGAGAUAAUCAGCAAAUAACGAAACAUAAAUGCUCUGAAUUGGCGUUAGCGGAAGACCGAGGCAGUAUGUAAAUGUGCCGAGUUACAGAAUCUAAAUAUUUUAGUUGUAAAUGCCACUAACUCCCGUAUUUACGGGAGUAAGUACUCUACUAUUACCGUAAUCCAAAAUAUUUUUUAAAUAAAACCAAGAAAAAUCUGCUGUAAGAAAUCUCAAAGUAUGACGAUGUCAAAAUUUAAUUAUUAGCACUUUUUUAUUUACCCUCUAGCUACUGUAGAGCCGCCAUAAUUUAAUUUUAAAUUUUUGACGCGCUUUUCUAUGAACAAU